UAUCAUUGGUCAGAUAGAAGACGUUUCUACUUCAUUGUGCCUUGGAGACAUCUUUACUCCUCCAACACAGAGGAGCUGAGUUUUUUUUUUGUUUUAACGCCGUGAAAUCUCUCAGUCAGUUUUGUUCUUGCUUUUUGUUGGAUUGUGAAGUUGUGAUUAUUUGGUGGGGAGUAUGGUACCAUCAGAGCCGCCUAAUCCUGUUGGCAGUGGCGAAAGUGUUCCGCCUUCCAUCUUAGGAGGACAAGGAGGAGCUCCUCUUCCUUCCCAACCAGCAUUUCCUUCCCUUGUUUCUCCGCGUAAUCAGUUUGGUAACAACAUGAGUAUGAGUAUGCUUGGGAAUGCACCAAACAUAUCUUCUCUCCUCAAUAAUCAGUCUUUUGUAAAUGAUAUUCCCGGUUCUGUUAUUUCUAUGGAUACAAGUGGGGCUGAGUCAGACCCGCUGUCCAGUGUCGGGUUUAGUGGUUUGUCUUCUUUUAAUGCUCCGAGUAUGGUGUCCCCGCGCUCGUCAGGUCAAGUUCAGGGUCAGCAAUUCUCGAAUGUUUCAUCUAACCAGUUGUUGGCAGAACAACAACGGAAUAAGAAAAUGGAGCCUCAGAAUUUUCAACAUGGUCAGCAGCACUCUAUGCAACAGCAGCAGCAGCAGCAGUUUUCAGCAGUGCGUGGAGGUGGGUUAGCAGGUGUGGGACCUGUCAAGUUGGAACCUGGUCAGGUUUCAAAUGAUCAGCAGCAUGGUCAAGUACAACAGCCACAACAGAAAAUGUUGAGAAACCUAGGAUCAGUAAAGUUGGAACCGCAGCAACUUCAGGCCAUGAGAAACUUGGCCCAAGUGAAAAUGGAACCUCAACAUUCAGAGCAGUCAUUGUUUCUCCAACAACAGCAGAGGCAACAGCAGCAACAACAACAACAACAACAGUUUCUUCAAAUGCCAGGACAAUCUCCGCAAGCUCAAAUGAACAUAUUUCACCAGCAGAGACUUAUGCAACUUCAACAACAGCAACUCCUGAAAUCUAUGCCUCAACAACGUCCUCAAUUACCACAGCAGUUCCAACAGCAGAGUUUACCUCUGAGGCCACCUCUGAAACCAGUGUAUGAGCCGGGCAUGGGUGCUCAGCGACUUACUCAGUAUAUGUACCGACAACAACAUAGGCCUGAAGACAAUAAUAUCGAGUUCUGGAGAAAAUUUGUAGCUGAGUACUUUGCUCCCAAUGCCAAAAAGAGAUGGUGCGUUUCGAUGUAUGGCAGUGGCCGGCAAACAACUGGCGUUUUCCCUCAGGAUGUGUGGCACUGUGAGAUAUGUAACCGAAAGCCUGGACGUGGUUUUGAGGCAACCGCCGAAGUCCUCCCGCGGCUUUUUAAGAUAAAGUAUGAAAGUGGCACUUUGGAAGAACUUUUAUAUGUCGAUAUGCCAAGGGAAUCUCAGAAUUCAUCUGGUCAAAUUGUGUUGGAGUACGCAAAAGCAACACAAGAGAGUGUAUUUGAGCAUCUUCGAGUUGUUCGUGAUGGCCAACUUCGAAUAGUAUUCUCUCCAGAUCUUAAGAUAUUCUCUUGGGAAUUUUGUGCUCGGCGGCAUGAAGAGCUGAUUCCACGAAGGCUUUUGAUACCACAGGUUAGUCAGCUUGGAUCGGCAGCUCAGAAAUAUCAGCAAGCCGCUCAAAAUGCAACAACAGAUUCUGCUCUUCCGGAGUUACAAAAUAAUUGCAACAUGUUUGUUGCAUCUGCUAGACAAUUGGCAAAGGCCCUAGAAGUACCACUCGUGAAUGAUUUGGGAUACACAAAGAGAUAUGUUCGGUGUUUGCAGAUCUCGGAGGUGGUAAAUAGUAUGAAGGACUUGAUAGAUUAUAGCAGAGAAACAAGAACAGGACCAAUCGAAAGUUUAGCCAAGUUUCCACGGAGAACAGGCCCUUCAUCUGGCUUGCCUGGUCCUUCUCCUCAGCAACCCAGUGAACAACUAAGGCAGCAGCAUCAGCAGCAGCAGCAACAGCAACAGCAACAGCAGCAGCAGCAGCAGCAACAGCAACAGCAAACAGUUGCCCAGAAUGCAAACAGUGAUUCAAGUAAUAGGCAGGUGACACUAAUGCAGGGAAAUCCCAGCAAUGGUGUAAAUUAUGCCUUCAAUGCAGCUUCUGCCUCCACCUCCACCAACAGCAUCGCAGGACUCAUCCACCAGAAUUCAAUGAAGGCAAGACAUCAGAAUGCUGCCUACAAUCCUCCAAACAGUCCGUAUGGAGGAAACUCUGUUCAGAUGCCGUCACCUAGUUCCUCAGGUACCAUGGUGGCAUCAUCGCAGCAACAACACAACCUGCCAACAUUUCAGUCUCCAACAUCUUCAUCUAAUAACAAUAAUCCCUCUCAAAACGGGAUACCAUCUGUUAAUCACAUGGGUUCCACAAACUCAUCAGCAAUGCAGCAGGCGGGUGAGGUUGAUGCAAACGAGUCUAGCUCGGUUCAGAAGAUACUAAAUGAAAUCCUGAUGAACAACCAAGCUCAUAAUAGUUCAGGAGGAAGCAUGGUUGGGCAUGGGUCUUUCGGGAAUGAUGGGAAGGCAGCUAAUGUAAAUAGCUCUGGUGUUCUGCUGAUGAAUGGCCAAGUGAACAACAGCAACCCAAGUAUUGGAGGUGCUGGUGGGUUUGGUGGUGGGAUGGGUCAGUCCAUGACAGCUUGAGAUCUAAAGAUGAAGAUGAACAAGACUUUGAUCGGGUAAUGUUUUGCUUGUGCAGCAUUACACAACUCAACUCAGGAUAAGGAUAGGCCAUAAAGCCGUGAUAUUGUGCUUAAGAAAGGAAGAGUCAUAUCUUGUACCAACAACUGGUUUCUAGGUCACCCUCUUACAACCACCAUACCAUCUCUUGAGUUACUGUUUCUUUUUCUUUUUAAAGAUCUUGGGGAGUUUUCUUAUGCUUUAUAGUUAUAAUGUACAUCUUUCUAUGGGUGUGUUCCUUAGGGCACAUUAUCAGGGAGGCAAUGAUCAAGCUCUGUCCUUCAUUUAUCUCUCUCCCAUGUGUUAACCAAACUUUCCUAAAUUAUCUGACAAAAACGUUAAAUACGCAAUGCCUUUUUGAAACGAAAAAGUGCAAUGCUUAUGUAUGAUCGAUCUAUGAUGUCUUUGUU